CAAUAAUAUUAUUCAUAGCGAUGGGCGGACUGUAAUCCAGAUAUAAACCCCUGGCUUGAUGAUGUAAUGAAUUUUGAAUAGGUAGAUUAUAAAACAGUUACAAACAGUAAAGUCUUUCACACAGUGCACAAUGCACAUGAAUAGGGCCAGAUUGAUAUAUGAGUGGAAAUUGGUCUUGAAAUAUGCAGACAAAUUGUACUACUAUUAGUCUUAUUCUGACUUGCUGUGUGCUGCUCUAUCUAGUGCUUUGGAUGAAUCUCUCUGAACAGUUUCACAGCAAAACUGUCAUCACUUCUGCAUUGAUUUUAUCACCACUUGGAACUACUAGUUUGUACAAAACAGAAAAACCCAUUUACCCCACUGAGCGAGAAGUCAACAUAACACCUAUUCCAGUUCUCUAUAAGAACAAUUUUACAAAACUUCCAGUGUGGGAUUUUGAAGAUGUUUAUUUGCGAAACAAUGAAGCACGGAGACCUACCUGUCCGGACUCCCUUCAAAACAAAGAGGAUCCAAAGUUCAAAGAGGCAACACUUCCUGACAUUCAGCUGUGGCUGUACAAAGGUCUACUCAACAUAACAGAAUGGAAUCGAUUAGCACACUUCAACAAUCCCUUCGGCUUCAUGGAAUACAAGUACAAUGAAGUAAAAGGAGCAGUGGAUUUGAUACCAAAGCCAAAGUCUCCAAUAUUACUGUCUGUGCCUGAAAGUUCAAAGGAUGGCUGUAUCCGCUGUGCUGUUGUGGGCUCUGGUGGCAUUCUCAAUAACUCAAAGAUGGGCAAAGAGAUAGACUCCCAUGAUUACGUUUUUCGAGUAAAUGGGGCUGUUACUCAAGGUUACGAGGAGGAUGUUGGAAAUAGAACAUCAGUCUAUGUACAUACAGCUUUUUCCUUAUAUGCAUCCAUUCUGACAUUAAAACAGUAUGGCUUUCACAAUAUUCCACAAGAUGAGGAUAUCAAAUAUGUAAUGAUCCCUGAAGGCCUGAGGGACUUUGAGUGGAUCCAAGGCCUUUUGCAGGGAAAAGAAGCCAAUGGGUCAUUCAAGGGUGAGAGGCCACUGAAAUAUUUCAAUGGGAAUUUUAACGAGAGUAGAUUUUAUGUUCUUCACCCUGAUUUUCUUCGAUACAUUCGCAACAGAUUCAUGCCAUCCAAACAAAUGCAGGGCAAUUACUGGGCAAUGUACAGACCGACCAAUGGAGCGUUUGCUUUGUUCUUGGCUAUCCACACAUGUGACAUUGUGGAUGCCUAUGGAUUUAUUACAGAAGACUACCAUAAGUACUCCAACUAUUAUUAUGAAAAGUUAAAAAAAAACAGUGUAAUUUUCUUUAUUAACCAUGACUAUGGCCUGGAGAUAAAGACUUGGAAGAAACUGCAUGACUCUGGAAUCAUUAGACUCUACCAAAGGCACUAAUACAUCAAAAACAGAAGGAGGCUGGCUGUUCUGUCUGCAGGCAUUAUUUAAAAAAAUAUUUGCAAGUUAUGAUUCCGAAAGAAGCUGUGUCUCGGUUACAUGUGGGGAAGAUGGACAAAAUCAUUCUUAAAAAGCUAUGGACUGAAACUAAAUGGAACAUCUGUGAUAUGUUGCAAGUGAAAGCAGAUUGUACUACUAGUUUUAUCUGGGGGUUUUUUUCUAUUUUUUUUAUUUUAUUUGUUUUAAAGGGGAUAAAGGUUAUAUUUAUAUAUUUAAAUAUUUACAGCACCUGGAUUUGUGUAGCUUUGAUCUAUUAUUCAUUACAUUUGAUAAAACACUUUUUACUUUGCAAAUGCAGAACAGAUCAAUAUUUUCCUAAAACCGAGCUCUUUCUAUACACAAAAAUGGGACCAACUUUAUAAAAUAAGUUAUUUACUGAUAUUUGUAAGUAUAUUUUUAUAUAUAUUCAGUAGCUCUAUUUCCUAUUUAACAAAUGCUCUGUGGAUUCCAGAUAUAUGUACUGUUAAGCACAUACUUGAGAAACAACACUAGAAAGAACUAGAAACUAGAAAGAAGAAGUGAAGAAUAAAAGGACUAAAGUGUAAGUUUUUUCUUGUUGAUUUCUCCAUAGAGCAGCACACUUAAAACUUAUUUGUUUAACUAGUUUGCGCAUUUGUAUAUUCCAGUUCAAGUAAAUACAUACACUUUGUGUUACCUGGAUGGUCCACAGCUGUUUUUUUUUGUCUUUUUUUUUUGUCAUAGUUGUUCAUGAGUCCCAUGUUUGUCCUGAACAGUUAAACUUCCUGCUGUUCUUCAGAAAAAUUAUUUGGUUUUCCAGCAUC